GCGCUGGCCAUGCCGUCAAGUGUGCGGACCGGGAGCCUGAAGGACCCGGAGGUGGCUGAGCUCUUUUACAGAGAUGACCCUGAGAAGCUGUUCACCGACCUACGGGAGAUCGGCCAUGGCAGCUUCGGAGCCGUCUAUUUCGUAAGAAGGCUGGGGAUCUGUGGACUUGGCUAAAGUGGGCAAAUGGAUGCAUCUCACUCAGUAGUUUACCGUUUAUUUUAUUGUGUCCCCUUUUCGGAGAUGAUUUCUCAGUAUGGAUGAGCCGUAGUAUGGAGAUAUUUGUUACUUGCUGCUCCAUACAUUUUUACUUAACAGUAUGUCCUAGUACAGUAUUUGGUACUUAGUAAACACCUGUAGUAUGGGAAUUCAGGCACAGUUUCAAUUAUGGAUACAUGGGAACUGGGAAGAGAGAUGGAAUGGGUAAUGAAAUGGUGUUGAUGAAGGGUGAAAUGAUAGAGGGAGCCGUUAAGCUAGGUUAAAGACAAGUGAAGGAUGAAAGGUAGGAGGAGGUGGUUAGUAACUGGUUAAAAGGUAGCACAGGACAAGAGAUAAUGGGGUAGUGAAGGAUGAAAGGUACUGUUAAAUGAAGGGUGAAAAUUGGCUACUGAAGGAUGGAGGGAGAAAGGAGAGUGUGAAAGAGGUGAAGCUUUAGUUUAAAAAUUAGUGUGUGCUUGCGCUUGACGAUAUGUGUGAGGCAAGUGGCCACUGUUGUCAGCAUGAUUAGAAAUUAGAAUAGAUUUGUGAAUCUCUUUAUUAAUUUUGUGCUCCCGAGUGGCGCAGCGGUCUAAGGCACCGCAUCUCAGUGCUAGAGGCGUCACUACAGACCCUGGUUCGAUUCCAGGCUGUGUCACAACCGGCCGUGAUUGGGAGUCCCAUAGGGCGGCGCACAAUUGGCCGAGCGUCGUCCGGGUUUGACCGGUGUAGGCCGUCAUUGUAGAUAAGAAUUUGUUCUUAACUGACUUGUCUAGUUAAAUAAAGGUUAAAUAAAAUUAAAAAAUCAAAUUAAUUUUGUACCUUUUUCUUACCACCUAUUCUUUACAUUAGGCACAUGACAUCCGCACCAAUGAAGUGGUGGCCAUUAAAAAGAUGUCCUACGGUGGCAAGCAGUCCAACGAGGUAGGAACACUGAUCGAGCAAUGGUCAAAUGUACCUUGCUACAAAACUUCCUCACAUUUGCUUUCUGUUGCGAUGGUGUAGGCCAAGUUUUCAAUGUGUUAAAGCUCUGUCUUUCUCUCUUAUGAAGAAAUGGCAGGAUAUCAUCAAAGAAGUGAAGUUUCUCCAGAAACUGCGCCACCCCAACACAGUGGAGUACCGAGGCUGCUACCUGAGAGAGCACACAGCAUGGGUAAGUGCUUCUUUAACUCAAACAUGGGUUGCUUCCCAAAUGGCACCCUAGUCCCUACAGUGUACUACUUUUGGGAACCAUAGUGCUCUGGUCAAAAGUAGUGCACUAUAUAGGGAAUAGGUUGCCAUUUGAGACUCACUCACACAUGGUUAAAGGUCCCUGACAAACUCACUCGUUGGUUGUUAAUGUUUUUAGUCAGCCCCAAUUCACUCACUAUCCCUUCUCCUUGUCCCUAACCCUUCAGUGUUGGCAGAUCUGAAGGGUCUGGGUAGGUAUAAGCAGUGUAGUGGAGGAGCUUCCACCAUAUUUAUUCCACCUUACAGAUAUGCAAACAUUGAAGUGGCCAAGGGGAAGGUGUAGGGAAUUAAUCUUGACUGGCUCUCCAUCACGUUGCCCCUCUGGCCUUCUUGCUCCAUAUUUUUACCUCUCAUCUCUCUCUCCUUCAUUCUCUUAGCUAGUGAUGGAGUAUUGUUUGGGUUCGGCCUCCGACCUACUGGAAGGUGAGUAGAAAACCAGAGGGUUCAAGUUUACGAUAUUUUUUUUUUUGCAUAACAAGUACUUUAUGUAAUGUGAUGUUUUUACAUGAUGAGGAACACUGGGGUGGUGAAGGUAAACCAGGGUUGUGUUCAUUAGGCAUGAAACGGUAGAAAACGGACUGAAACGUGGAGGGACUACCUGGACUUCCAAAAAGAAACACUCAUUUCCAUUCUAUGUUGCAAAAUGUUUUCUGUUGUGUUCUUCAAAGAAUUAGGGGUUGUUACGGUAACAUAGCUAUGUACAAGUUGCGCAUGGUGUUGAAUUCAUAUAACCACCAAAAAGAGGGAUACUAAACAAUGUUUUGUCAUUUUCUCUGAAUAAAAAUAUAUAACUGUCCAUUUUGUCUCCCUCUGUGUGCGUAGUCCACAAGAAGCCCCUCGAGGAACAGGAGAUAGCAGCCAUCACCCACGGUGCAUUGCAGGGCCUGGUGUACCUACAUUCUCACAACAUGAUUCACAGGUGAGUGAACCUCUCUCCACCGCCACACGUUGGGACGGGAAGGGAAAGAAAGGAAAUCUAAACAAAGGCUCUCAUUGUUGAAGGGGAGGUGUGUCAUGGAUGUUGUAAACCUCUUUCUAACUCAUCUCUCUGUCUUUCGGUCUCCUCUUUCUUACUCUUCCUCACUCUCUCUCUCUCCCUUCCCCUCUCCCUGUUUCUCUCUCUCUCUCUGUUUCUCUCCUUUCUCACCCCCCCCUCUCUACCCUCUUUCUCUCUCUCUCCGUCCCCCUCUUCCUCCAAUUAAAAAUGCUUUAUUGAUAUAGAAAGUGUUAUCACAUACAUUGCCAAAGCGAACAUAUAAAAAGAAAUUAAGUCAAUGAUGACAGAAAUAAAUAAUAACAACCACAAUACUCAAUGAAUAUAACGGUCUCUCUCUCCCCCCCCCCCCCCCCCCCUCUCUCUCUCUCUCUCAGGGAUGUGAAGGCUGGUAACAUCUUGCUGACGGAGCCUGGCCAGGUGAAACUGGGCGAUUUUGGCUCCGCCUCCAUCAUCGCCCCGGCCAACUCGUUCGUGGGAACACCCUACUGGUGAGACACUGGCCUCCUGUUGUUUCUGUGGUCAUUAUUGUAAGAUUGUCAACUCUAUUGAGAACAAAGGGGAUAUGAUCCACAAGUAGGACAAAAGUCCAAGGCUGUGUCCCAAAUAGCACCCUAUUCCCUAUAUAGUCCACUACAUUUCACCAGAGGCCCUGGUCAAAAGUAGUGCACUAUAUAGGGAAUAGGGUGCUAUUUGGUACAAACCCAAACUCACUUUGUUGGUAAACCUAUCCCUACCGGUAGGUUUUCAUGUUUUUGUAUUAUUUCCUUCACUCCUUCUGUGCAGUGUGCACAUUCACCUUUACACACACAAGCCCCUGCCACUGUCACCCACAACAACAAAGAUGAGAGAUCACUUCUUCCUCUGACAAGCGGUUUCAACUCACUAUUUGCAUUUAAGGUUUUGUCCAAUAGAAUCGGUCACAUGGACACCAAAACACAUUGGGACUUUAUUUUAAUGUAAUAGUGAAGGUAACCUUUGUACCGAUACCAUUUUUAUGUCUCAAAUCUCCAAACUAGAUGAAGAGCUGACACCACUAAAACGGGAGUAUCAAUGAACGUUGAUUCUGGAAAAUGUAAUGCUCAGUUUGUCAUGUGCGGCAUUGCAGUACCUCUAGCAGCAUUUUAGCCAAAGACUGUUAUACUAGCUGUCUAGUUUGUGUUUUAUAAAUGUGCAAUAAGCAUAAAACACAAUUCUAUAAGGAAUUGGCAACUUGUUUUCAUUAUGAGAAAUAAGGUAGGCCACUUGAUUUCAACAUGAACAAAGUGGACAGGCUAGCAUGCUGUUCAAACAGUUGGAGAUGGACAGAAGGGUGUGUUCAUAACAAUUCAACUGUUCUGCCUUGUUAGCGCGUAAAUAAAUCCAAGUUGGCUAAACUUGAAAUAUUAAGAUUAGCUGGCUACACACUAGCAAGUGGGCUUGUGCUUGAGAGAUUGUUUAUGAGACCUGUGUUAAUUUUCUAUAAUGCCUGCUACAAUAAGGUAGUAAUUAUUAGUGAAUGUGCAUUAUGCAUGGUUCUGGUUAAAUUUGUAACAAAAAGGGCAUUUUCAUAGACCAGAAGCCAGAUCAGUUAUUAUUAUUAUUAUUAUUAUUAUUAUUAUUAUUUGUUUAGGGGCUAGAUCAGCUUUAAUACUGCAGAUAGAUUGUAGCUUCCAUCAAUGUAAUUGUCUGCAUCAUUUCCCCCAUAUAUGUUUUGGUAAAUAUAUUUUCCUUUAUUUUCCCCUAACCCUACCACCCCUCCCCUAAUUGGAGUAAACUAAUGGACAACAAUACUUAGGCUUCUACUUCCAGCUUAUACAUACUAUAUACAUUUUACGGACACAAUGUAUUUUAUAGUUGUAUUAAUCCCAUCUUCAGCUACCAUCAACCCCUCCCAUCUAUCUCUGAAGACCAUCCAGUUCUAUUUUGGCAUAUAUUUUUAACUGUGAUCAGUGAUUUUUGCAAAAAAAAAGCAGUUUAAGGUAUUUUGAUAAAAUGAUUAAAUUAUUAGUGGGUCAUAUCGUUGUGGAAGGCUUAUACUUAGCCUAGGUAUAAUUUCACAAGCCCUGAAUUCAUUAGAGUACUGCUGACUGUUUGAAAUGCUAGUGCAUUUUACCUUUAAUUGUACAACAAAGCUUGUUUAGAGAAUUUUUUAUUUUUUUUAAUCAAGAUAUAUAUAUCGUGAAUAGCCCAGAUAAGUUUAAAAAUAAUCUAGAUGUAAUUUUUAGGCCGUAUCGUCCACCCUACCUACAGGGACUUGGUCAGCUGACAGAAUAGAAUCGCCAUUGAGAAAAGGAAUGCAGUUGGUCGGAGAUCAAAGGAUUACAAAUUGCACUUGUAUAUAUUGCACCCGUAAAAAAGUAGUGCACUAUGUUGGGAAUAAGGUGCCAUUUGGGAUACAGACAGUGUCUCAUGCUUGCACCAUUGUAUUUUUCCUCCAUACAGGAUGGCUCCUGAGGUGAUCCUGGCCAUGGACGAGGGACAGUACGACGGCAAGGUGGAUGUGUGGUCACUGGGCAUUACUGCCAUAGAGCUGGGUAAGCGAAGCACAGCCCAUGUAAUACACACGUUCACAUUCAUACAGGCUUUUAAGAUGGAUGUAUCCCUAGUAUGAUAUCAUAUUUUAGCCUCAUAUCCCUAGCAGACUGGAGUUCAAAUAGUAUUUUAUUUUCUUGCCAAUACUUUAUCUGUGCUUGAUUGAGCUUCCCUGGCACGAUGGAACCAAUGGCAUAGUCCCGCAAGUGCCAACCCCGCCCAUGUGGCACUCUGGGUAGGCUCAAUCAAAUGCUCAAAGUAUGUAUGUACAAUACAGUGUCAUGGUUGUUUUAACUGCUUUUCCUGUGUUUUAUAUUGGAAAUCUGGCCUCAAGUGUAUUUGUUGCUCUAUGUCUCCUAAACCUUGUCUCUGUCUUUUUCUCUGCAGCGGAGAGGAAGCCGCCUCUGUUCAACAUGAAUGCUAUGAGUGCCUUAUACCACAUUGCCCAGAACGAGAGUCCCGUUCUGCAGUCCAAUCACUGGUGAGCAGUGGUCUGAGCACAAAGGAGGGACUUUUUUGUGUCAAUGUACUUUCUGGGUAGCCUGGUCCCAGAUCUGUUUGCUCUGUAUAGCCACCUCCUAUGACAAUGACCUUAGGACUUGGCUAUACAGCACAAACAGAUCUGGGACCAGGGUACUUUUUGGGGACAUUCAAGGUUCCUUCUCAGUACCAUUCUCUACAUCAGUGUUUCCCAAUCCUGAUCCUGCCCUAGCACUCACAAACCUGAUAUUAAUCAAAGGCUUGAUAAUGAGUUGAUUCAAGUGUGUGAGUGCUAGGACAAAAACAAAUAUUUGCACCCCUUUGGAUCCCCCUGACCAGGAUUAAGAGACACUGAUCUAAUUUACAAUGACCUAUCUACACCAAUAUGAGCCAUUGGUGUAGAUGGAUAACGACCAUAGUAAAGUGUGACGGAACAGUUUCUCAUCGUUUGGUUUCUGUCCUAUCCAGGUCGGAUUAUUUCCAUAACUUUGUGGACUCAUGUCUGCAGAAGAUCCACCAGGACAGACCUACCUCUGACGUGCUGCUGAAGGUAAAAGCUCUCUCUCCGUGUCCGUUCCCUCUGGAAAAACAAAGUUAUUCAUAAAGUCUAAAGAACAACAGACAAACUGUUGUGUAGUGCCUCAUUUAGAAACCAAGGAAUGGUCAUGAACUCUUUACCUGUUAGUAAUAUCGGAGGUGGCCCAAAGAGGUGCUGUGAGUCCUUAUUCUCAUAAUGGCAAAGAAGCAUCUCUUUAAUGGCUCCAGGUUAAAGUGACGCUUAACUCUCCAACAGCUCCAAGUGGGACCAUCUGUUAGAAAUGACGUUCUUACAUCCAGAAUUGGUUGAACGUUGCAAUCCGGUUUCAAAGAUGGUUGAUGCAUUAAACCAAAAAAGAUGGCAUUGCUUGACAUGGCGUCAUUACAACCAGAAACUGGGUGAAAUGAUGUAAUUCCAACAUAAUUCCGACCAGUUUUGCCUGCUGGGAUAACCUUACCGCCCAUUCUCCCUUCCUUUCCCCCAGCACCAUUUCCUAUGCAGAGAGCGUCCCCACACAGCGGUGAUGGACUUGAUUGCGCGCACCAAGGAUGCAGUGCGGGAGCUUGACAACCUGCAGUACCGAAAAAUGAAGAAGAUCCUCUUCCACGAGGCCCUCAAUGGCCCACAGCCCGAUGGAGGGGAGGAGGAGGUACGGACUUAAGGGGGGGGGGGGGGGGGGUGAAUGGGGGGGAGAGUGUUGAUAAGGAGGGGGGGGGGGGUGUAAGAGAGGUGGUAGAAAGAAGGGGAGGCAGGUGGAGGGGGGGAGGAGGAGAGUAAUUGCAUAUAGACAAAAGGCGGUAACAAGGGAGAGGGGAGUAAGUGAACUGGGAGGAGAGGAGGUAGAAAGGGACGGACAGGUGAGAGGAAAUAGCAGUGGGGGAGCGAUAAACUGGGGUGGACAUGGAGAAGUUACAGAGAGGAAGAAAAUGAGGCGGCAGGAAGGAGGAAGGAGGAGAGUGGUAGGAGUUGGCCACAUAGCCAUGGAGUCGAGGAUGGUGUAGGACCAGAACCAACAUAAACCUUCCAUCAAUGUAAUUGUCUGCAUCACUUCCAAUCCCCCAUGUUUUUUUUUCUCGCAAAUAGAUAGAUAUAUAGAUAGAUAUAUGUACAUACAUACAUAUACACGUACAUACACACAUAUACACGUACAUAUCCUUAAAAAAUAUAUAUUUCCCUUUAUUACUUUCCAACCCCACGACCCCUUCCCUAAAUGGAGUAAACUAGUGAACAACAACGCAUCCGUCCUGUCUUUGUAUAGCGUACAUCACCACGGUGUAGUCCAACAUUGUGUGCCUCAUUGACCUCUCACCCCCUUCCUCCCAGUACAAAGGACUUGAAUCCUUUCAGGAUCUAAUUGUGUUCACCCAGUGCCUUGCAUAGAAAUCAAAGGAAUGCCCUGUUAUGAAUUUAGUGUGUGACUGUUUAAAAUGCAUCUGAGAGAUGUUGGUGUAGUUGUUUUUUAGGGGUGCGUGUACAUGCAAGGUUUGUGUGAGUGUGUACACACAUACUCGGUAUGUGUUUGGGUGUUGAUGUGUAUAGGCUAUAUAAGAAUUGGUAACACUACCUAUGUGUAUGUAGGCUAGCUAUGCGUUUUGAGCAUGUGUUAUCGCCACUACUCCUAACCACCUUCCUUCUGCCCCGGUCCUCUGUCUCCAGGACACGGAGCAGUACAUGCUGCAGACGGGCACGGUCAACAGCAUGGAGAGCUCCCAUUCGCUGCCUUCCAUGUCCAUGAGUGCCAGCUCCCAGAGCAGCUCGGUCAAUAGCCUGGCGGACGGCUCGGACGACAGCGGCGAGAUGGCCAUGAUGCAGGAGGGCGAGCACACGGUCACCUCCAAUUGCUCUGUCCUGCACACACCACUGGUCAGUUGGGACUCACCUUUAGUCAAUUGUCACAAGUGUUUCCCCUAGAUUAUUUUUCCCAAGGCGGAGGGGGGCAUAAGAUAAGACCCCCAAUUUGCCCAAAGCUUCACCCAGGACCUAUUUCACAAUUUAUUCACAGUAUGUAAACACUGUGCCAAAUGAGGGGGAUAAACGGUGACUAUUUAGCAGCUAGAUAUGACCAUUGUAAAAUACAAAAGGUGAACUAUUUUGUUGUUUUUGUUGUUCUUAUUCUAAAAUCUGUUUUAUCGAUUACUCGAGUUUAGUUCGCCAAAUAAAUGUCUCACUAGUGGCUAAGUAGCUACUAUUUACCCCACCCACCCCGCCACCGUAUCGAUCCCACAAUGCAACACAUGAUUUACACAGCAACGAUUUCUCGCUCUCAUCAGAGCCAUGACAACAUCUACGACGACCCCUACCAGCCCGAGCUGGACACCCAGCAGCAGCCCCCGUCGUCGCGGGGUGAGGGAAGAGGAGGGAGACGGAGAGGACACCGCAGCCGAGACCACUUCGCCACCAUCCGGACGGCGUCGCUGGUGACCCGGCAGAUACAGGAGCACGAGCAGGGGUCGGCGCUGAGAGAGCAGAUGACAGGGUAGGAGAGCUUUUAUGGAACGACCAAUAUAAAGAGGUCUCCUGUAGCUCAGUUGGUAGAGCAUGGCGCUUGCAACGCCAGGGUUGUGGGUUCGUUUCCCACGGGGGGGCCAGUAUGAAAAAUGUAUGCACUCACUAACUGUAAGUCGCUCAGGAUAAGAGCGUCUGCUAAAUGACUAAAAUGUAAAGAGCCCGUCUGGAAUUAAACAGCGAGGGAUUGGCUAGUCCAUAGAAAUGAAGAUAAAUAAUUAUAUAGUAUUUUUAUGAGGUACUCACUACUAGAUGGCCAUGCUAGGACGAACAAAAGUGGAUACCUAGCGGCCAUAACUGGAUGAAAUUACAUAAUUACAACCAAAUUACAACAUUUUCGUUGUAAACUGGUUGUUGACAUCAUUUCAACCAGCUUUGUCCACUGGUAAAUACUCAUUUGUGGUUAGAAAGCAGUAAAUGCUGUUAAAAAUGACGGGCACAGUUGGCUGUACUGGUGGUUGACAAGGGCUGCAUUUACACAGGCUGCCCAAUCCUGAUCUUUUGCCCAAUUAUUGGCAAAAGAUCGGAUCUGAUUGGUCAAAACACCAAUUAGUGGCAAAAAAUCUGAAUUGUGCUGCCUGUUGCCGCAUUCACAUGCUCUAUGGAACAUCCCAUUUCAUAGUUGUGAUGUCGGAAAUACGACUGUUUCAUUCAUGUGCUUUUUGGUAGGAUCAAUUCUUCAACCAAUAAGAUUUUAGCUAGUGUGAUAAGCUAGCUAGCUAACGUUGCUAAUAAUCAAGUUUGCUAGCUUGCUUACAAUAUGGGAAAACUAGCUAUAUUAUCCAUAUUGGUAAGGUUGUAGUUGUCCAAAACUGAUUUGUUAUCUUUUGGUUGAAAAAGUAAAAGGUCAGUGGUGCAUCAACACAACUCUGCAUCAAAAUGUAUUUCCGACACGGAGGGUCGUUCAAGUAAAACUUCUCAGUCAGAACAAGGAAUUUCAAUAGCACAUGAACGCGGCAUAUGUAAACGCAACCAUACUCUUUUAUCCAUUGCUUCUUUAUCCAUUUCUAUUUAGCUGUCCUGGAUCGAUACUCUUUAUCUCCAAUCAUUGUUAAUUUUUUUGUACUUUUACCCCUUUUUCUCCCCAAUUUCGUGAUAUCCAAUUGGUAAUUAGUCUUGUCCCAUCGCUGCAACUCCUGUAUGGACUCGGGAGAGGCGAAGGUCGAGAGCCAUGCGUCCUCCGAAAUACGACCCUGCCAAGCCGCACUGCUUCUUGACACACUGCUUGCUUAACCCAGAAGCCAGCCGCAUCAAUGUGUCGGAGGAAACACCCUACAAAUUGCGACCGUGGUCAGCUUGCAGGCGCCCGGCCCGCCACAAGGAGUCGCUAAAGUGCGAUGGGACAAGGAAAUCCUGGCUGGCCAAACCAUCCCCUAACCCGGACGACGCUGAGUCAAUUGUGCGCCACCUCAUGGGUCUCCCGGUCACGGCUGGCUGUGACACAGCCUGGGUUCGAACCCGGGGCUGUAGUGAUGCCUCAAGCACUGCGAUGCAGUGCCUUAGACCGCUGCGCCACUCGGGAGGCCGUCCAAUCAUUUUUUUACCCAUUCCAGUUGGCUGUACUGGUUUUUGACAUGGCCUUCUCAUGUCUAAUCUUCCUUUACCCCGUCCCAGGUACAAGCGCAUGCGGCGGCAGCACCAGAAACAGCUGAUGGGCUUGGAGAACAAGCUGAAGGCGGAGAUGGACGAUCAUCAGCUGAGGCUGGACAAGGAGCUGGAGAACCAGAGGAACAGCUUUGGAGGGGAGGGGGACAAACUGAGUAAGAAGCACCAGGCCAUCCUGGAUAAGGAGGUGAGGAAGGGAUGUAUGGAGGGAGGGAGGGAGGGAGAGAGAGAGGGAGGGAGGUGGGGGAAACCUCAGCAAAAAGCACCAGGCCAUCCUGGAGAAAGAGGGGUGGAGGGAUUGAGGGAGGAGUGUGAAAGGGAUGGGGACACACUGAGCAAGUUCAAGUUUCAACUUGAUUUAUUCCAGAGAGACAUAUACCACCAAGCCAUCCUGGAGAAAGAGGUUAGGGAGGGAGAACGGGAUAGGAAGGAAAGGAGGAGUGUGAGGGGGGGGGGAAGGUGGGGAAAACCUUAGCAAGAAGCACCAGGUCAUAUUGAAGAAAGUGGGACGGGAUGGGGUUAGGGGUGGACAGGAAGGGAAUGAGAUGGAAGUAAAAGUCGAAAGAAAAGAGGAGCGCGUAUUGGCCAUGGCGAUAUGGUGAGGCUAUCCCAGGAUCUCAAGGUACAUUUGUAGGCCAAAGUUCUAUGUAGGUAGUCAAGCCCAAUAGAAAGUCUAGAUUUUGAGGGGUUUAUUCUUACCCAGCUAUGUCCUUGUGUUGUUGGUUUUCAGUCCAAGGCAGCCCUGGCUGAGGAAAAGAAGUUCCAGCAGCACAUCCUGGCCCAGCAGAAGAAGGAGUUGACCAGCCUGCUGGAGUCCCAGAAACGCCAGUACCGCUCCCGCAAGGAGCAGCUCAAAGAGGUACAACCACACUGGAACCAUACUGUAACUACUCAUCAACUAUACCGCAGCCAUACCGCAACUACACACCAACCAUACCGCAACUACUCGCCAACCAAUAAACCAUAUACUCACCAACCCUACUGAAGACAUACUAUAACUACAUUUACGUCAUUUAGCAGACGCUCUUAUCCAGAGCGACUUACAAAUUGGUUCAUUCACCUUAUAGCCAGUGGGAUAACCACUUUACACUUUUUUUUUUUUUUUUUUUUUUUUUUGUGGGGUAAGGGGUGGGGGGGGGGGGGGGGGGGGUUAGAAGGAUUACUUUAUCCUAUCCCAGGUGUUCCUUAAAGAGGUGGGGUUUCAAGUGUCUCCGGAAGGUGGUGAGUGACUCCGCUGUCCUGGCGUCAUGAGGGAGCUUGUUCCACCAUUGGUGUGCCAGAGCAGCGAACAGUUUUGACUGGUCUGAGUGGGAACUGUGCUUCAGCAGAGGUAGGGGAGCCAGCAGGCCAGAGGUGGAUGAACGCAAUGCCCUCGUUUGGGUGUAGGGACUGAUCAGAGCCUGAAGGUACGGAGGUGCCGUUCCCCUCACAGCUCCGUAGGCAAGCACCAUGGUCUUGGAGCAGAUGCGAGCUUCAACUGGAAGCCAGUGUAGUGUGUGGAGGAGCGGGGUGACGUGAGAGAACUUGGGAAGGUUGAACACCAGACGGGCUGCAGCAUUCUGGAUGAGUUGUAGGGGUUUAAUGGCACAGGCAGGGAGCCCAGCCAACAGCGAGUUGCAGUAAUCCAGACGGGAGAUGACAAGUGCCUGGAUUAGGACCUGUGCCGCUUCCUGUGUAAGGCAGGGUCGUACUCUCCGAAUGUUGUAGAGCAUGAACCUACAGGAUCGGGUCACCGCCUUGAUGUUAGCGGAGAACGACAGGGUGUUGUCCAGGGUCACGCCAAGGCUCUUCGCACUCUGGGAGGAGGACACAACGGAGUUGUCAACCGUGAUGGCGAGAUCAUGGAACGGGCAGUCCUUCCCCGGGAGGAAGAGCAGCUCCGUCUUGCCGAGGUUCAGCUUGAGGUGGUGAUCCGUCAUCCAUACUGAUAUGUCUGCCAGACAUGCAGAGAUGCGAUUCGCCACCUGGUUAUCAGAAGGGGGAAAGGAGAAGAUUAGUUGUGUGUCGUCUGCGUAGCAAUGAUAGGAGAGGCCAUGUGAGGAUAUGACAGAGCCAAGUGACUUGGUGUAUAGCGAGAAUAGGAGAGGGCCUAGAACUGAGCCCUGGGGGACACCAGUGGUGAGGGCACGUGGUGCGGAGACAGCGUCUCGCCACGCCACUUGGUAGGAGCGACCGGUCAGGUAGGACGCAAUCCAAGAGUGAGCCGCGCCGGAGAUGCCCAGCUCGGAGAGGGUGGAGAGGAGGAUCUGAUGGUUCACAGUAUCAAAGGCAGCAGACAGGUCUAGAAGGACAAGAGCAGAGGAGAGAGAGUUAGCUUUAGCAGUGCGGAGAGCCUCCGUGACACAGAGAAGAGCAGUCUCAGUUGAAUGACCAGUCUUGAAACCUGACUGGUUUGGAUCAAGAAGGUCAUUCUGAGAGAGAUAGCAAGAGAGUUGGCUAAAGACGGCACGCUCAAUAGUUUUGGAGAGAAAAGAAAGAAGGGAUACUGGUCUGUAGUUGUUGACAUCAGAGGGAUCGAGUGUUGGUUUUUUGUGAAGGGGUGCAACUAUCGCUCUCUUGAAGACGUAAGGGACAUAGCCAGUGGUCAAGGAUGAGUUGAUGAGCGAGGUGAGGUAAGGGAGAAGGUCACCGGAGAUGGUCUGGAGAAGAGAGGAGGGGAUAGGGUCAAGCGGGCAGGUUGUUGGGCGGCCGGCCGUCACAAGUCGCAAGAUUUUAUCUGGAGAGAGAGGGGAGAAAGAAGUCAAAGCAUAGGGUAGGGCAGUGUGAGCAGGACCAGCAGUGUCAUUUGACUUAACAAACGAGGAUCGGAUGUCGUCAACCUUCUUUUCAAAAUGGUUGACGAAGUCCUCCACAGAGAGGAGGGGGGGGGGGGAUUCAGCAGGGAGGAGAAGGUGGCAAAGAGCUUCCUAGGGUUAGAGGCAGAUGCUUGGAAUUUAGAGUGGUAGAAAGUGGCCUUAGCAGCAGAAACAGAUGAAGAAAAUGUAGAGAGGAGGGAGUGAAAAGAUGCCAGGUCCGCAGGGAGUCUAGUUUUCCUCCAGUUCCGCUCGGCUGCCCGGAGCCCUGUUCUGUGAGCUCGCAAUGAGUCAUCAAGCCACGGAGCUGGAGGGGAGGACCGAGCCGGCCGGGAGGAUAGGGGACAUAGAGAGUCAAAGGAUGCAGAAAGGGAGGAGAGGAGGGUUGAGGAGGCAGAAUCAGGAGAUUGGAGGGAGAAGGAUUGAGCAGAGGGAAGAGAUGAUAGGAUGGAAGAGUAGAGAGUAGCGGGAGAGAGAGAGCGAAGGUUGCGACGGCGCAUUACCAUCUGAGUAGGGGCAGAGUGAGUAGUGUUGGAGGAGAGCGAGAGAGAAAAGGAUACAAAGUAGUGGUCGGAGACAUGGAGGGGAGUUGCAGUGAGAUUAGUAGAACAGCAUCUAGUAAAGAUGAGGUCAAGCGUAUUGCCUGCCUUGUGAGUAGGGGGUAUGGUGAGAGGGUGAGGUCAAAAGAGGAGAGGAGUGGAAAGAAGGAGGCAGAGAGAAAUGAGUCAAAGGUAGACGUAGGGAGGUUGAAGUACCCCAGAACUGUGAGGGGUGAGCCAUCCUCAGGAAAGGAACUUAUCAAGGCGUCAAGCUCAUUGAUGAACUCUCCAAGGGAACCUGGAGGGCGAUAGAUGACAAGGAUAUUAAGCUUAAAUGGGCUAGUGGCUGUGACAGCAUGGAAUUCAAAUGAGGAGAUAGACAGAUGGGUCAGGGGAAAAAUAGAGAAUGUCCAUUUGGGAGAGAUGAGGAUUCCUGUGCCACCACCCCGCUGACCAGAUGCUCUCGGGGUAUGCGAGAACACAUGGUCAGACGAGGAGAGAGCAGUAGGAGUAGCAGUGUUUUCUGUGGUAAUCCAUGUUUCCGUCAGCGCCAAGAAGUCGAGGGACUGGAGGGUAGCAUAGGCUGAGAUGAACUCUGCCUUGUUGGCAGCAGAACGGCAGUUCCAGAGGCUGCCUGAGACCUGGAACUCCACGUGGGUGGUGCGUGCAGGGACCACCAGGUUAGAGAGGCAGCAGCCACGCGGUGUGAGGCGUUUGUAUAGCCUGUGCGGAGAGGAGAGAACAGGGAUAGACAGAGGCAUAGUUGACAGGCUACAGAAAAUGGCUACAAUAAUGCAAAGGAGAUGGGAAUGAAAUGAACUAAACAGGUCAACUACUCACCAACCAUAGUGUAACUACUUACCAACCAUACUUUAAAGACCCAGUCCAGUCAAAAUUCUGUUUUUCAUAUUGUACAUCAGCUGACGAAACGAACACUGUAAAAGUGUGAAAAAAUGUGAUCAGUGUUAUUUCCUGAUAUUUGCUGGUUGAAAAUACAAUUGAAACAGGACCUUUUAAUCAGCAGGUUUUGCAUGGGUGGAGUUUUGGCUUGUGUGGUGCCAUCUCCAGGCAGUAUAAGUUAAUAGACCAAUAACAGAGUUCCAAACCACUGCCAAUAACAGCUGGUUUUCAGGUUACAUAUCCCUCCCAUUAGUCCCCUCACUCAGACCACUCCCAGACAGUCCUAGCAAUAUUCUUGCUUGUGAAAUUGUUUUUUUUUUUACAAUUUUAAUGGAAAACUAUCAUAGUAAGGUACUUAAUUGUUACCCAGAAAUGAUUUGAUAUUGAGAUAAAAACGUCUGCAUUGGGCCUUUAACUACUCACUAACCAUAGUGCAACUACUUACAUACCGUAGCCAUACUGUAACAACUCACCAACCAUACCACAACCCCUCACCAACCACACCGCAACCCCUCACCAACCACACCACAACCACACUGCAACUACUGACCAACCAUACCGUAAUUACUCACCGACCACAUCGCAGCCAUACUGUAACUACUCACCAACCAUACUUCAACCACUCAUAGCUGAGAAGUACAGCUACACACCCAAAGCACCUGGCUGUUAACAAUAGCCGUUAACAAAGAUGAAGGCAUGCAACAAUAUACCAACCACGUAGCAACCAUUAUUAACCCCUGCCGAAACACAUGCCACCACUACACCUUAAUCACAAAUUGUUAUAUUGACCUAUCAAGUGGUGGUGUCGUGCUCUGACCCUUCCUCCUGCUGUAUUUCCCAGGAACUGAACGAGAACCAGUCGACCCCCAAGCGGGAGAAGCAGGAGUGGCUGGUGCACCAGAAGGAGUGUCUCCAGCAGCUGCAGGCGGAGGAGGAGGCGGGGCUCCUGCGCCGCCAGAGGCAGUACUACGAGUUCCAGUGUCGCCAGUACAAGAGGAAGGUGCUGCUGGCGCGCCACAACCUGGAGCAGGACCUUCUCAGAGAGGUAUAGUACAUCAACAUUACCAAUGGCAAAUCCAUCUUUCAGGUGACCUAGCAAUAGAGAUGUUUCGGAGUUGGUCAAGGCGCUGGUCUUCUUCUCAUCAUAUAAUGCUACCUCCCUGUGACGUUAAAUGCACUGAGUGUACAAAACAUUAGGAACACAUGCUCUUUCCAUGACAUAGACUGACCAGGUGAAUCCAGGUGUAAGAUAUGAUCCCUUAUGGAUGUCACUUGUUAAAUCCACGUCAAUCAGUGUAGAUGAAGGGGAGGAGACAGGUUGAAGAAGGAUUUUUAAGACUUGAGACAUUCAGAGGGUGAAUGGGCAAGACAAAAUAUUUAAGUGCCUUUGAACGGGGUAUGGUAGUAGGUGCCAGGCGCACCGGUUUGAGUGUGUCAAGAACUGCAACACUGAUGGGUUUUUCACACUCAACAGUUUCCCAUGUGUAUCAAGAAUGGUCCACCACCCAAAGAACACCUUGUAGAAUCUAUGGCCCGACGAAUUGAGACUGUUCUGAGGGCAAAAGGGGGUGCAACUCAUUAUUAGGAUGGAGUUCCUAAUGUUUUGUACACUCAGUGUAGUACAGCACUAGUGCCUAAUACCCAGCAGGCCAGAUUUGGCAUGUAACGUCUAAAUUAUGUAAUUUGGUGGUUGUUAACUGGUUAUCUGGUUGAGAAGACGUCACAUAACCAGAUUACAACCAACUGGUCUCUGCUACAACCAGGAAAGGACGUAUUUCUCAUGACGAGAUCAAGACGUUGUGGGAAAUAUGUCUAAUUUGGGGUAUUAUCUGGUCAGAUAACCGGAUUCUCCAUCUCUCCCUCCCUCUUUCCCUACCCUCCUGUCUGACUGUGUCGGUCUGUCUGUCUCUCUCUUUCUCUCACGCUCUCGCUUUCUCUCUCUCUUUCUUUCAUUCUUCCUCCAGGACCUGAACAAGAAGCAGACGCUGAAGGACCUGGAGUGUGCCAUGCUGCUGCGCCACCACGAGUCCACCCAGGAGAUGGAGUUCCGGCAGCUGGGCUCAGUGCAGCGCACACGGGCCGACCUGAUCCGCACGCAGCACCAGUCGGAGCUCACCAACCAGAUCGAGUACAACAAGCGACGCGAGCAGGAGCUGCGGCAGAAGCACACUGUGGAGGUCCGCCAGCAGCCCAAGAGCCUCAAAGUGAGUGAGAGGGAGACCCCCAGCACCCAGAACCAGCCACCUCCAGAGGAGGACAGGGGGGAGGAGGGCCAGGAGACAGGGGGGCGAAUGGGAGCCCAGGCUGGGGCUGAGGGGGUGAAAGAAGAGGUGGGGGCGGUGGAGGAAGGGGAGAAGGGGGUGGAAGAAUGUGAAACCAAAGAGGAAAUGGAGGGAAACAAAGGAGAGGUUGGAGAAGGUUUUGAAGGAGGGAUAGAAGAGGUUGUGCGAGACCAUAGUGGAGAUGGAAGGAUUGAGAAGGAGGUGGGAGAUGGGGAUGAGGUUUGCUCCCAUUUAGAAAUAAAGAAUGAUGUAGAGGAGGAGAAGGAGAGCGAGACGAAGCUUGAGGACGAGGGCGAGAAAAGCAGGGAUGACGAAGGACAAGAAGCUGAGGAGCGGAAAGCGGGGGAGGGAGAAGGAGAGCUGAGGCAGGUGGAGGGAGUGCAGUGGGGGGAGGAAGAGGGUGAUGAGGAAGACGAGGUGAGAUAUGUUCUUGAUAAUGAUGAUGAUGAUGAGUUGGAGGGUAGAGGUGUGGCCGACGGCUGUCCGUCUGAGCUCAUCACCUCCCCGUCCCUGGAACGGAGGCGUAUCUGCGAGCAACGCAAUGCAGACGAGCUCUCAGAGUUCUACUUCCCCGAAACCCUUGAGGAACUUGAGCCCCUUCCCCACUCCGCCCCUCCCUCCGUCCCCUCCUCCUUUCCCUCCCUCUUCUCUCACACCAUCUGCCUCCUCCUCUCCCUCUCGGCCACCACCCAGCCCUCCAACCUCACCCUCCUCCUCCUCUCAGUCUUCCUCCUCUCCCUUCGUCGCUCUCCCCCCCUCCCCUCGCUGGCCUCCCUCCUCCUCUCGGGCGAGCUGGCCCUCCUCGCCCUUUUCUUCUCUUACCUCUUCCUCCGCUCCUGCUGCUCCCUCUCUCUCGCCACCUACCUGUCCCUCACUCUGUGGGCGUGCGGCCUCUUCAGCCUGGGCCUCUCGCUGAGCCUGGGUCUCUAUUACGUCCCUGUGGCCCUGAUCUCUGCCUCCUUCCUCAGCUCGCCUUCCCUCUUCCUCUCCCUCUACCUUGUGGUGGUGCUGGUGGUGCGGCCGGCGCGCGUCUUUCUCCAAAACGCCCCCCGGAAACUCAACCGCCUGUGGAUGAGGUUCCUCUUCCGCCUCCCCCGCCCACUCUUCAACAUCUGCCAGUCUCUCCUUGGGGGCCUGGCGGAGCGUAGCCUCUAUGACAUGUUCCCUAAGGCUGGCCGCAACUGGGGCGGGCGCCAGUCCAAAAUCCCUGUGCCCCUAAAGAGUCUUCCCUUAGAGAGCCAGGCGGGCAGGAGCCACGUCCGCUCACCCCUUGCCACGUGCCUCCUCUGGGUCAGGCGCUUUGUCAGACGCCCCCUAGGGGUCCUCGCCGACCUGGCCAACUCGGUCGUGCUGAGGCUGGCUAGCAGGGUCCUUAAAGAGCUACCCCCCGAGUGCCUGAGCAGACUUCGUACAUUCGGUCUGCUGAGAGAGGAGAAACCUAGCAGGCUCCCCAGGCUACUGCCCAGGGAGGUCAGAGAGCAGAGACAGAGGGAGAGGAGGAGGAGAGAGAGAGACCGGCAGAGGAGGGAGCAGAGAGAGCGUAUGUUCAGAGACGAGGGGAGGUGGGAAUGUGGGUUGAGGCGAACUUUAUCCGGGCGGAGCGUGAGGGCUAAAGUGAGACCGUGGAGAUAG